AUGAAAUUGCUGUAUUUGCACAAAGCCUCCACUGGCAGCGAUAUAAAGUGCCCACUGAUGGGUGCAACUGACAGAUAUGACAUGUUUAAUAUAUUUCUUUUUCCUUUUCAUAUAAAAGAAGACACCUCUUCAAGCUUUGAUGAGGAUGAGGAGAGCUAUACUGUUGUAGACGAAGAAAUGGAUUCUAGAACAUUUCAUCACCCAAUUAACAGAAACUCUGACUAUGCAGAAAGACGGUACUUCGGCAUGGAGACAUCACUGCAGCUUCCCAAUGAGCCAAAGCCAUUUCCAGCUUAUAGUCACCAGAAGAACAGCGGUGGGAAGGCUUCUAGAUAUAUGUACACAAAUCCCAGCCAGCAAUCAGUAAAAGAUAUAAGAUGCCACAGCACAGAUGCCGCACAGGAGCUUCACCAGGAACUCCGCAGCCAUCAAAUGAAGGGUUAUAAACAUGAAUACAAUGAAGGAGUGCCCCAGACUACUAAAGCCCCAGCUGUAAAUCGAGGCCUGAAACCAGAAAAGCUUUCCUUUCAGGUCAAGGCUGCAAACAUUGAAAAGAUAUCGUUUGGGAAACUGAAUCCAGCUGACGACAUCUCCAGACACGGUGGCUCUGCAAAAGGGCCAAUGAAAAGCACCCGAAUUUCAAAAAUGCAGAAUUCAAGAGAAAUAGGUUUCGCAUCACACCACCAGGCAAACGAGUUUUUUUCCAGAUCUUCUGAACAGGAAACAGAAGGAGCACAGAGUUUCUGUGAUAGGCCCCAGAGACCUUACAUUGAGCAAUGUGGCACGCGACAUGAAGACCACCAAUGGACACCUCCCUUUCAAAAAGAAGAAGCAAUUUGGGGUGACACAACUCAAAAUACGGACUAUGAUGAAUGCAACUGGUACGUCAGAGAAUAUGACAGAAAAAAAGCAGAACAGAUUUUGUUCCAAGAAAAGAAGCUGCUGUUGAGCUUACAUCAUUCACCAUCAGCCAUAGACUGUGAGCCCUACAACAAUUGGAUCAUGGCAGAUGGAACAUUGGCUGCCUUGGGCCACUCAGGCUUUAACAACAAAUAA